AUGGACACUAGACUAUCUCCACUGAUUCACUGGCCUGAACGUGCAGAACUCUGGAGUACCAUGCCAGAGUGUUUUCAGUACUCCUUUGGGAAGAGAAUUACAGUCAUAAUUGACUGUUUUGAGAUUUUCAUUGAAAAACCUUCUAAUCUGUUGGCUCGAUCAGAAACCUCUUCAUCUUACAAGCACCAUAACACCAUUAAAGUCCUCAUUGGUAUCACCCCUCAAGGCACCAUCUCUUUGUGUCCAAUGCUUGGGGUGGUAGAACAUCUGACAAGUUUCUUACUGAAAAUUGUGGUAUCCUGGACAAGCUGGUACCUGGUGACAUGGUCAUGGCAGACAGAGGAUUUACAAUACAUGAGAGUGUGGCCUUCAGAAGAUCAGAGCUGGUGAUUCCUGCUUUUACCAAAGGAAAAAAACAACUUGAUCCUCUAGAUGUAGAGAAGACCAGAAAUAUUUCUAAAGUUAGAAUCCAUGUUGAAAGGGUUAUUGGUCUCUUACGAAGGAAAUAA